AUGUUAUCAUUAUUGCCAAUUUUACUUGGUUAAGUUUUAUGCCAAUUAUGCGAAUAACCUAUAAGGUAUGAAUCGUACCAAUAUUCGAUUAAUAUUAUUGAUCCAAAAUCUGCUUAAAUAUGGAAUUAUGAUGAUUUGACAAGGGUAAAUACCAAUUGUCCACCAUUAACAUCUGAUUUAAAGGAUAUAGAAAGCUCAGCUAUCUAAUUGUUAGAUUUACAAAUAAUUUUGGAUAUACCUGAAAAUCUAACAAUCACAAGGAAUAGAACAGCUGGCCCAACAGUAUAAUAUUAGACUGAUGGAAUCAAGAUGAGAAGUUAAGGAGUUAAUAACUAUGUUUCUUAUUAAUCUUAAUUCUUUUAAUUCACAUAUGCAGAACAUAGCCUCGAUUUUCAAACUCAAACUCCUGACGGAGAGUUGCAGAUAUUUAUGAUCUAAGAUCAAUUGUAUUCAUUGUGUGAUAUUGAACCAAUAUAUUCAGUUCUUUCCUUUCCCAUUUAUAAAUUAUCUGAAUAAUAACAGUUAAAAUUCAGAGGGUAAUUCAACAUAAAUACUGAUACAAUAAGUGAUUUCAACUUCAAAUAAAAUAUCUUAGGAACUGUAAAAUCAGACAUAUCUUCUUAUAUCACCUACAAAGCCCCAAUUAACAUCCCACCUUGUUCAACAGCCUAUUGGUAUGUGUCCACAAACCCAUUAUUCUUUCAAUAGGACUAAUUAGAUUAGUUAUUGCAAUAGAAUCAAUACAAUAAAAUGAAAAGAGCCGAGUUGUAAAAUACUGUUAUUUAAUACAAUAAAGGAAAAAUAUUAUUUUAUGGAGAUACUGAAUUUGGUGAAUAUGAUGACACUGUUGAAUGGGCUGCUACUUGGAUAGCAUCAAUAAUACCAUGCUUAAUCUUUGCUCUCAUUGCUUGUGUAUAUGGAUAAUAUGAAAUAUCAAAUAUUGGACGAUAUAGAAGACAAGAAGUCAAGCAUGUUGAGCCAGAAAUUGAAAUGCUCAACUAAGAAGAAAAAUAAAUAUAAUGA